AUGGCAUCGCCCAUCCAACAUGACCACGACAUCCCCGAUGACGACGAACUACGCACCAUCUACACGUUCGCGAUCCAGCUAGCCAAAGACGCCGGCAAGAUGCUCCUGGACAGUCUUUACGCGCGACGACGGGACGGACAGGACGGCAGGACCCCCUCCAACCCUUCCAACGAGGAUGUAACUCCCCAAGAACUCACGACGCGCGAAAAACUCAACGCCGUCGACAUCGUCACGCAGACGGACCUCCAAGUCGAGGCGUUCAUCCACGCCGCCAUCUCCGCGCGGUACCCUACCCACGACUUUAUCGGCGAGGAGAUGUACUCUGCCUCUCACUCUGGUGCCACCUCGGGCACCUCCAAGGAAUAUCGCGUCACCCACAAGCCCACGUGGAUCGUCGACCCCUUGGACGGGACCGUCAACUUCACGCACGGCUUCCCCAUGUUCUGCGUGAGCAUUGCGCUCGUUGUCAACCAGGUCCCGGUGGUCGGAGUCAUCUACGCGCCCCUUUUGGGCCAGCUGUUCUCCGCGUGCAAGGGGCAGGGCGCCUUUUUGAACGAGGCGACGCGAUUACCUUUGCUGGGCAGUGCGGGUGUGGGACCUAUACCCUCGGACGCGCCUCGCAGGUGUAUUUUCUCGUGCGAGUGGGGGAAGGACAGGCGGGAGGGGCCCACAGGGAACAUGCGUCGCAAAGUGGACAGUUUCGUGACCAUGGCGAGCGAAGUUGAUGGGCCGGGCGGCAAGGGUGGCAUGGUGCACGGGAUGCGCAGUCUGGGAAGUGCGGCGCUGGAUCUGGCGUACGUGGCCAUGGGGAGCUUUGAUAUCUGGUGGGAAGGUGGGUGUUGGGAGUGGGAUGUCGCGGCGGGGAUAUGUCUCGUGCAUGAGGCCGGUGGGUUGGUCACGACGGCGAAUCCGCCUGAGGACUGGGAGAAGGGAAGGGUCGAGGACGCCAAAUUGGGCGGCCGACUAUAUCUUGCUAUUAGACCGGCGAGCGAUUGUGAGAGUGGCGAAACGGCGAGGCAGGGGCAGGAGAGAUGUGUGAGGGAGGUGUGGCGGAGAGUGAGGACGCUGGAUUAUGAUCGGCCUGGAGGGUGA